AUGAGCAACAAAGGUCGGUCAACACCACGCGUCGUCUGUUGUGCUAUUCCUAUAGCACGCUCGCAAGGCAAAGUCCUUGUCAUUACAAGUCGGAAGAGACCAGAGCAUUGGGUUUUGCCAAAAGGAGGAUGGGAGCCUACGGAUGGGGUGCUGGAAGCAGCAGCCUCACGAGAAGCCUUGGAAGAAGCGGGCGUGCGCGGCAAGAUCACUCGAUUCGUGACAACGAUCCCCUCAGCGUCGUCGACCUACCACUUCUACGAACUCGACGUCGUCGACCUCGACAAGGACUGGCUGGAGAGCAAGGAGCGGAGGCGGGAGUGGGUGGACUAUGCCGAGGCCGUGAAGAGGGUGUCGUGGAAGGCGGAGCUAGCACAGGGGCUGUCGCUGUCCUCGCUGGCACCGACGCGGUGA